AUGGUCUGGAAGCCGCUCCCAGUGAUCGUCUAUGGAUUCGCCAUCCAUCCACUCUCGUCGUCUUCAUCGGGCUCAAACGAUCCAAAUAAACCUCAAAAUGGCCGUCUUUCAACCGUAAUGGAGCUCGAGCACGAAGAAGAGGACGCGAAUCCGUACGUGGUCGCUCUCGAGGUCGGCGACGAAGUCUACGCGUUUGAAGAAUACGUCGGUGCUGUUCCUAACAACGACGAGAAGAGCUUAUGGUAUCGAGGCUAUGUGGUCUGCUCGCCUCGUCAUCCACUCGUAACAGCCGCUGCAGCCGCUGCAGAAGGUCUCCCUGUUGCACCUCCGACCAAUCUACAUGCGGCCAUGGAGGAGCCUCAAGUCUUUAUUGGAAUCUUUCCCGCCUCUCAUAUUCACGUCCGUGACGAGCUUGCAGACGCCGAGGGACGUUUACAAGAAGUGUUCAGCCGCAUCAAUGCUGGAUUGGACCCAUACAUCUCCUUUUCCUCCAGGGACCGUGACGGGCCCAUGGAGACCGUUCAGGAAGAAGAGGAACCCCCGUCCAUACCAGAGAUUCCCGAAAUCUUGACAAGAAAAUCUAUCAAGCUUGGACCGAGACCCGAGCAAGGGAAUGCCCUACGAGCGCCGGUUCCUGUGAGCCAACCCGUACGACCCGUUUCAUCCAUGCGGAGUACCUCUCCCAUUCAAAAACCACUUCCUCCCCGACCUUCACUCAAAUCUGGUGAUGACACGGCCGCAGGUGCAGAGCAGCCAUUGAUCGACGAAAUCUCUAGCGCUUUGAGAGAGUGGCACAACCUCUUGUUCACAUAUCUCUCCCGACGGGACUACAAACUGUUCCAAACUGUUCGGGAUCAUAUUGAAGAGCUACAUCUUGGCAGGCGCCAGCUCCUUGCCCAGACUCUAAGCGUAGAGGAGACGAUGAACUUGCGGCGAGAGUGCGUCAAUCGCCUCGUUCGAGGAAAUGUCGCGCAGAAUCUUGAUGUAAUCGUUCGUCAUCCAACCUGGGGUGCCCUCGUCACCGUCGACGUCGAAAGCGAACUCGACGCCCGAAGUUGGGUUGGUGCAAUCCCCAUGUACGCCAUGCAAGUGGCAUUGGCCUAUAUCGAUGCCAGUCGUGCAGAUAUUCUCAGUGCAAGCCGGGGAAGCGCAAUGGGAGACAUUACCAAUGCGGUCGUGCCCCGUAUUCAAGCCUCUCCCAAUGGAGCAACCCCCCUAACCGCAACCUUUACCCCCGACUUUUCACAGUUCCCCAACUCUGCAACCGCAUCUCAACUCAACCCUUUGCUCUCUAACUCUGGAUUCGACACUGGACCGACUCCCUCUUCCAGCGGUACAAGCAAGUCGGCCAAAUUCUUCCACGUCUUCCUAGACUUGCAAGCCUUCGUUGCAUCUCCCUGCUCUCCAGGAGAGACGGCGGAACUCUACUUUUCACUGUAUAAUAAGCCCGACGCACGAUUCCUCACCGAGGAGUUUUGCGUUGUACUCAAUCACCAAGGUGCUCUUGCGAGACCCCCCCCAGUGCAGUCGAUGAAUGAUAUUGCCUCUCUGGGUGGUCUUGGCAAAAUCCGCACCCUUUUCACCGACCUCGGCUCUCAAGAUAUCCAGGAGAGCAUCUACCUCGUCUGCAGGAUAGUACGAAACGGGAGCAUGAAGAUUAGUGGGAUGCCGAGCUCCAGCGGCUAUCCGGGUGCUCUCCCAUCGGGCUCGAUGAGAAGAGGAUCCGAGCCACUGUUGAAUACACUCUCGGAGAAUGAGGCACUUGUCGCUCCUUCGACAGCGGGACCAUUUACACAGACCUUUGAAUCCUCGUCUCAGUCCUUCAGACGACCGUUUGGAUGUGCAGUUCUCGAGCUCACGCAGUUGUCGAAAUGGACUGUGGACAAAGCAGAGGCCAGUCAAGCACGAGAGCACACGUUGCCCAUCUUUGUUCCUACGCGCGAGGUCACGUUUAGCACAUUGCACCAGGCGAUCAUUGCCAGUGAAACGUCAGAAUUUGAGAAGAGUCCGAGGGCAGAAAUGAUUGCCGUGACCGUCAAGAUGUUCCAUGGAGAUGCACCAACCAUUAUCCGCGAGAAUCCAUCACUCCUUCAAGACGUGCCCAUCACAUCGCGACUCGGCUUUCCCGAUGUCGUCUUCCCAGGAGACACCAGGAAUGAAGUCUAUAUUAAACUAUGGAGCGGUGAAUUCUUCUCUGGCACCAGCCAGGGAAGCACCACACCUCGAGGACUAAUUGGCCGCGUCCCAUCGUUUGCCGGAGCUCUCUCCACCGCCCGCAAUGUCCAAGUCUCUAUCGAAGUUCGACAUCGCAGUGGCAAGGUCCUGGAAAACGUGAUUAGCCCAGGGAGUGGGGAACCACCAAUGACCGUUUUCCACUCUAUGGUUUUCUAUCGAAACAACAAUCCGACCUUUGGAGAGCUUAUCAAAUUGCUCAUCUCUGUCGACGUCAUGGCGGAUUGUCACCUGUUCUUCGUGUUCAGGCAUAGGACAUCGAAAGAAGGGAGCAGAACGCCUGGAGGGAACAGCAGCAAUAGCUCGAAGCACCACAACUCGGAUGGUGGUAGCGAAAGGCCAUUCGCAUUUGCAUACCUGCCGUUGUUCCCAGAUGGGAGAGCGUUCCUGCAAGAUGGUCCACAUAAUCUUGUCCUCUACAAGGCGGAUAAGCUACACGCCAUCCCACCGGAUAUGUACUAUGGCGCACCACCGUAUGUUCAGCCAGGGAAUCGUGCAGAGUCCAUCCUCGUCCCAUCGCAUUUGAUCAAGACGGCUAUACCAACACAGGAUUCACUCAUCAUCCGACUGCUUCACUGGGAGCAACUCUCGGACAAAAACGAGCUUUGCACGAUCCUGACAAAGUUUACCUUUGUAAGCGAGGUCGAGAUUGUCAAGUUCCUGCGGGAUAUCUUCGACUCGCUCUUCGCCAUCCUCAUCUCCAAGGUCAACGAAACGGCGGAUAUGGAUGAUCUCAUCUUCAACGCACUCGUCACAGUCCUCGGCAUUGUCCAAGACCGACGAUUCAUGAACUUCCAACCCGUGCUAGAUGUUUAUAUUGAUAAGCAUUUCACGUGUGCACCAGCGGCAUCCAAGAUUCUUCGGUCCAUGAACCGUCUCCUCAGCGACCCGACUAGCACCGCCUCUGCCAGUCCCCUUCGGAACGCGCUCAAAGUGUGGCACUAUGUAUUCCGCUUCGUCAUCCGUGCGCGAGAGCUUCAGAGGAUCAAAGAAGCAAACGUCGGCAGCGGUGCAACGAGCGAGCAUUUUGAACAAACUUUCAAAAAGGAGCUCACGGUGCACUUGAACGAGGUCAACAAGUUGAUGUCGACGACCCGACCUGAAUCGAUCAUUGGCGCACAAACCCUUGCCAUCCAGCAUUUUGCUUCCAUUCUGCCGGAUCUCGCCAAAGUGUUCACGAAUGUCGAAAUUGUCACUAUUGCGACCAAGUUUUCCAAUGCAAUGCCGAUGCCUAAGGGCAAGCUGGUGAUAUGGAAGCUAAUCAUGUUCUUGCAAUUGGUCAAGGGCUUCUUAUUCGAGAAUGCGCAGUCAAGGGCGUUGCUGGUCGAGUCAGUUGUCAGCUGGAUCAAGCCAUACUUUGGAAGCUACGACGAGAUGUCUCACGUCGGCCAAUCCGAGCUCGAGGCGGCGAGAGACGCUUCCAGGAUCGCCUGGCUAGAGAGCUCCCGCCUCUGCGUGACGAUCAUCGCCGUGAUGCUGGCUCAUCUACAGCAAAGCCUCAUCAACCCGACCAUAGUAGCUGAUCGUAAGGCUCUCCGACAGGAGCACGACAAUGUUGAAUAUGUCCUCUCCUUGAUGCCGAGAUUGCUCGAUACGUAUAAGGAGUUCCAAAGUCCAGCCAAUGCACGAUCGUUGGAGCGAACGCGAUCACCCGCCACUCUGGUCACACCAGUGCCUACUGUAUUUCCAUCAUCCUAUCCCUUCUCGCUGAUAUCCAGCCUACCAGUCAACAACGGUAGCGACGCCUCCCCUGGAGCCCCCAUUCAAGUGUUCAACUGUUCAUUAGGAGAGGCUGCUAUUGUAUUCCUGGUGCUCAUUCUGUCGUCUCCCCGCAAGCAUUUGAUCGGCUUCCUCGAGGGCAUUCUCGAGAUUGAAGGACAGGACAACUUUGCUAACCUUCUCACCAAGAUAUUCAGGACCGGUCUCUCAAUUCUGAGCAACGAGGCCUUCCCAAAGUCCUGGUUGAAUGUCAAUAUCCUGGCACACAAAGUUCUGCUCAAGAUUAGCGACCCGAUAUCGAUACUCCUGAUGAAGCAUUUCAUCCCGGAUCAAAAGGAGGCUUACCAGUUCAACUCAAAUCUAUGGAGGGACGGAUUCGCAUUGAUACUCAAAUUGCUAUCAAGUGAUCAGCUUGUCAUUGAAGAGUUUAGUCCCCAGAAACGUCGAGCUGUCUGGAGACUGGCAGGUGACAUCCGUGGCGAAGGUGCAACGAUCUUACUUCGACUCUGGGAGGCUCUCGGAUGGCCCGAAUCUGUCUCCCAAGAUGCUGGUGCCGUGACCCGCUACGGGGGUUACCAGGUUGCUUUGAACACCUUGGUUGGCAAUGUGCUCGACUUGUGUCUCAGUCACCACGAUCAACUUCGAAACAACGCAGUCAGCAUCCUCUAUAGUAUGAUUGUGUCGGAGUAUCACCUAUCCGAGCACUUCAACGACAUUGAAACGGAAUUGGUCAACAAGCUCGAUUCACUCUUCAUGUCCGAAUCGAAGAGCGACGACAUCUCCCGAGCUUUCUUUAUCAACCAGCUUCGUCUCCUUUUCGAGUCUUCAAACGUCGAAGAACAAUUAAGACAACGUGUGUCCGACUUCUUGGACUCUGUCGACCUAUUCCUCGAACUACUGAUGAACGUACGGGAACUACCCGAUGGGGAGGAAUAUCAGGAUGACCGAGUGAUUGCCACCCUUCGUUUGAUGAAUUUCAUUCGUCGUAUAGGGCGUGAUGAGAUUUACAUCAAGUAUGUACAUCAACUUGUCAAUAUGCAUCUUCAGAGCCAAAACUACGUCGAAGCUGCACUAACACUCAAACUGCACGCCGAUUUAUACGAGUGGGACCUGAACGCAUUCGUUCCGCCAAUGGCAGAUCUGGAUCUUCCUCAACAAUCCCACUUCGUACGGAAGGAGACUCUAUGCCUCCUCAUCCUGGACUAUUUGGGCAAAGGCAAAGCAUGGGAGAGUGCUGUUGAGGUUUGCAAGGAAUUGGCAUACCAGCAUAUGGAGGUCACAUUCAACUAUCAUCGUUUGUCCGAAAUACUCUUACAUCAAGCGACUCUCCUCGAGCACAUUGUGACCGACCAACGGUACUAUUCUGAGUACUUCCGUGUAUCCUUCCACGGGAGUUUUCCAGUGGCUUUAAGGAACAAGCAGUUCAUCUAUCGAGGGGACGUAUGGGAGAAAUACCCAGCGUUCUGCGAACGGAUGAUCAGCAAGUAUCCUGGGGCUCAGUUGAUUAAGACUGCCAGCGAACCUUCAGACGAGAUUCGGUUUGGGACGGCCCUGUAUAUUCAAUGCACACAAGUCACACCAGAGCCGGAUCGCUCGUUACCGAUAUUUACCAACCCUGAUGUACCAGCGGCGGUUAGAACAUACUAUGAGCAUAGCGCUAUCAACGUCUUCAGCUGCACGCGACCGUUCACCAAGGACCCGGUAACUGACGAGAAGCCUCGUUUCAGAGACGUUUGGACCGAGAAGACUUACUUCACUACUGAAGAAUCUUUUCCGACUGUACUCAGGCGUUCUGAAGUCAUCGAAAUCCAAGUGGUCGAGAUUUCUCCUCUGGAUAAUGCGUUGCUGGAUGUCGAGCAAAAGACAAAGGAGCUGCAGAUACUGGAAGCCAAGUUUUCUGCACUCGCAAAAACAUCAUCGUCUAUCAAUGCCACGGCAUUGACGAUGGCUUUGAAUACAGUUGUUGAUCCUCCAUCGGAGAGUGGGGUGCCCGUCUACCGCGACUCGUUCCUGAAGACGGAAUACCUUGCUCGCAACCCAUCGCAGGAGCCAUUGUUGCAGAAACUGCGUUCUGCGAUUGAUGAGCAGGCUCGUGUGGUAGAUCGAUGCCUCAAGCUCCAUGGUGCCUUGUGUGCCCCAGAGAUGAUGUCCUUCCACGACACGCUUAUGCGCUUUUUCCGCACAAACUUCCACGACGAGAUUCAACGCUUACCAGCAGAUUCUUCUACCAACUUAGACCCUGACAUUGUUUCCAAACAAGACGGCAUCUCACGAGGUGGAUAUGAGGGCGGAGGGAUCGGCGAAUGGGGAGAAUCUCGUGAGCGAGCUAACUCGAUCGCUUUGAGUGCAAAUGGUACAACUGGUCCUCAAGGAAUGACAACGCUUGUGGGCCAGGGGUCGUUCAUGAUCCCACCCCUCGCCUUUGGACAAGUCCCUGGUGCAGGCAUCACAGGGCCUCCACCUACCCCGGGUGGUAGUCGUUUCUUGGCAGAGAAUACUCGACAGCAGACGCCACUCCAACGCAACUUGGCGAGAUUGACGCGGUAUGGCAUGUCGUCCAUCACGUCUGGUCCAGGAGAUCGACCACCCAUGCCGGACCGUAAUCUUGCGAGUGACGCCGACGCAACUAGCCAGCAAGGGUCAAUGAUCAACGUCGGUAACGGGCCGGGUCUCGUCGGAUCGUCGAGAGCGUCGGUACAAGCAACAGCGAGAGAUGUCGCGAGCACUAUUUCUGCAGCCGCAAAGUCACGUAUUUCGAGGAUGGGGAGCUUUAGUUGGCGUCGAGGAUGA